GCGAGAAACAAUUAACAGUUGAUAAAAGUAAUGGGAUUUUUAAUCUUCUCAUUUUUCUGCUGGUCUGUCAUGGCUACAGACGUAGUAUUUAUAUCUCUGGUCUUUUACUACAUCGGUCUCGUUAAUACAGUACCACCUGAACAAUGCUUCGCCAACUUCAAAUGGGAUGACUGCGGUAAACCACCUACACCCGUCAUGUACUACUGGAAACCAGGAUCGAGGUGCGAAGUGGGCAUGUGGCGUGGGUGCCUUCCUAAUAUAAACAUGUUCAAAGACGAAUACGAAUGUGUUUCCACUUGUAUAUUCUCAGUCAGAGCAAAAGCUCCUGACUUCCAUGGCUCUGAGGAUAACUACAUUGAUGGACCUGAUAUUGAUCCUGAUAUGAGUACCGAACCACCAUCCAGUGAGAUGCCAAAUGACAAUGGUACCGACAUCAACGCUAACACCACCGACACUAACUCCACCAACCCUUCCGACUCCACCAACCCUUCCGACUCCACCAACUCUUCCGACUCCACCAACCCUUCCGACUCCACCAACCCUUCCGAUUCCAACACCGAUUUCACCGACACCCCCGACGCCGGUGACACCACCAGCGACAUCAACUCCAGUAACAACUCCUCUAGCUCCAGUAACAACUCCUCUAACUCCAGCAAUGGCACUAACAGCAACUGAUGCUUGUAACAAAAAAAAAAUCUUUUAAAUAAAUGCAUU